CGGCGGACCCGUCCUCGGCCGCGCCGCAGCAGUGGCAGCCGAUGGUGCCGGCCCCCGCCGACCAGCCGGACGGCGGCGACUACUGGGGCAGUUGGGGCUACGGCCAGGCGCCCGCCGUCGAGGACCCAGCAGAGGCUGGCGGCGCAACACACGCGGACGCCUCGCCACCGCCGUUUGCCGGCGACGACAAGAGCCCCAACUACUGGGACCAACAGCGGAAAAUGAGCGAGGCGUCGUCGGCGCCGUCCGACGGCGAGCAGGAGCAGGCCAAGCCGGCGCCGCCGUCCUCGGCAGCCAGCCAGCCGGCGGCGGGCGGCGCGCUCGCCAGCGACCAGGCCUCGGGCGGCUGGUUCGGCGGCCUCUUCUCGCGACUGGGCAAGCCCAAGAACCAGAUGAUCCUGCCUGACGACAAAAACAAAUCGAUCGUCUACGACGCCGCGCAGAAGCGCUGGGUGGACAAGGACGCCGGCCCUGACGACGGCGCCGGCCAGGCGGCGGCGGCGCCACCCUCCGACUCCCAGCUGGCCGGCGGCGGCGGCGGCGGCGGCGGCGGCGGCCCGGGCGCGCCGCCGCCGCCACCGCCCGCCGGCGGGACCGGCGCCAACAGGUUCAAGAUCCCCAAGGGACGCGGCAUGCGCUCCAACUACGUGGACGUGUUCGGCGGCUCCGGCUCCGGCUCCGGCUCCGGCUCCGGACCCGGACCCGGCGCCGGGCCGCAGAGCCUGCCGCCGAUGCCUGUCGGCCCGACACCUCCGGCCUCCAGUCCAGGUCCUGCCGCCGCUGCCGACCCCGCGCCUGACGCGCAGACGAUGCCGGGUGACCCCGCCGCCGUGGACGGCGCUCCGCCCAUGUUCAACCCGGGACAGAUGGGCGGCCCGCCGCCGGCGCCGACGACGUCCUCGCGCGGGCGCCUGGGACGCUACGGGCGCCGAUGAGGCGCGGCGCCCCGCCG